UACCUCGCUCAAUAACGAUCUGUCUAAACAGUUUUUUGUGUACCAUUCUUGAUAAUCUUUUCAGUCCACUAAAGACCGAUUUAUAAGAAAGGUCGCUAUCUCUCUGGGGUCAGCAGACAGCAGGCAGAGGGCACAGGCCUUAUCAUUAGUUGUAGCGACAGGCUCAGCGGCCGGGAGCAGCGAACAUGUCCGUCCUAACGGUCGUCUUGUUGCUGACGUGCGCUAUUUCAUCGUAUGCCCAGAAAAGCUGCCAGGACAGGUGUUUUGACAGUUUUAACACUUCUCAGCCCUGCCAGUGUAACACAUUCUGUGAGCGCAAUGAGGACUGCUGUUCAGAUUUUUUUAACCUUUGCCGAGGUUCAGAAAGCUGUCGUCGGAUCGCCGCUGCAGAUCUCGCCAGUGUAGCUCAGCUCAUCUACGACGCUGACGACAACCGCGUGGACGGUGCCGCCUACCAGCUGAACUUCCAACAGCGAUAUCAUACAGGGGUGGAUAACCCACUUCCAUUUUUCACCCGCCUGGAUGAGUCCAUUUUCCAGAGGUCAACAUUCGCCCUUAUGUCUGCAUUAGAAGACAACUUUGUGGAAAAUGUGCGUACACAGGAGACAUACAACGACACUGAGUGGGCUGAGAUCCAGACCUUUAUUGAGGCAGUCAUUAACACCAAGCCGAUGACCAUUGCACUAGACUUCUUAUCAACUCAUGGGUGCAUUUCGAACAACACAGAGGCAAGGAAGGCUCUCCUCGAAGAGUUGUGGUUUAACCUUUACCCCGAAACUAGCAGCCAUGUUGCCGGCAGCUCUGGGUUCGAGCAUGUCUUUCUGGGUGAGCUUCAAGGUCAGACCGUUCUUGGGCUCAACAACUGGUUGGAGUACUACAAGGAAGAGAAGAGUGGAACCAUUAACUAUUUGGGCUGGAGAGACUAUAUGACGAAUCCAAACAUCGUGUCGAUCAGCUUCGUGUGGGAGUUUGCUCAAGCUCCCACCCGCUCAUUUUUUGUGGGCACGAGCCCCGAGUUCGACAUGGCGGUGGCCACCCUGUGCACUUUAGCGCGAACGGGCAGCCUUUGCCCUCUGACCAUCAACGGCAAGUCCUUCAACUUCCAGACCGUCGGCCUUCACCACAGGCAGGAGCUGCAGAUCGCCGCCGCCUAUCCCAUAGUUCCCCCUCACUCAGCGCCCUCCAACGCCACUGGUGAAGACCUCGUAGGCUCGCAAGUUGCUGUAAUGUACCUAACGGUUCUGUUUGCACUUUGGCUCCUGUUCUGCGUGACCCGUACACAAGGGCAAGGCAGUUGUCAGAAUAGAUGUUUUACAAGUGAGGACUACGCCUUACCCUGCCAGUGCGACAGGUUUUGUGAGCAGUUUGAGCAUUGCUGCUCGGAUUUUUACGACCUUUGUCGAGGGUCAGAGUCGUGCUCUCCCGUCUCUGCCUCGGAGUUGGCCAGCCUAACGCAGGACAUUUACAACGCCGACAACAACCGGGUGGAUGGAACACUUUACCAGCUCAACUUCCAGCAUCGAUAUACAUCGGGUGUCGACUCCCCACAGCCGUUUUUCAGCCGUCUUGAUGAAUCCAUUUUCCAGAGGCAAUCCUACAGCAUGGUUUCAGCCUUGGAAGAUACCUACGAGAAAAGCUUGGAAGGACUAUUCGAUGAUGACGCAGAUGAUGAAAUUGCCUACAUUGAGAAUUAUGUUGAGCAGCUGAUAGCGACGAAUCCGAUGAGCCUAGUCCUUGAUUUUCUUUCUACAAAAGGCUGCAUCAACAGCAGCGACGACGCUCGUAAGGCGUUUAUAUACGAGCUGUGGUUCAACACCUACCCUCCCAACGAAGUGGACAUUUCCUCCAAGUACAGGUCUGGCUUCCAACACGUGUUCCUGGGCGAGCUAAGGGGCACCACUGUCCUCGGAUUCUUCAACUGGCUGACCUUUUAUCUGGAGGAGAUGCAAGGUCGCAUCAACUACCGCGGCUGGAUAGACUACAUGAAGAACCCUAGCAUGGUGUCCGUCAGCUUCGACUGGCUCGGUAUCCAGGCUCCUAUUCGCUCUUUCUUCGUGGGUGUGAGUCCCGAGUUCGACAUGGCCCUAGCUACUGUCUGCGCUCUUGUGCGACCGGAACGAGCUUGCCCCGUCGUCAUCAACAACCAGACCUUCACCUACCAGACGUACAUCAUACGACACAAACGACAGUUGCAGCUGGCUGCAGCUUUUCCCAUUGUUCCCUUACACACUGCCCCGCCCAACGCCACCGGAAGUGAUUUUAUGGGCUGAAAGUGUCGAUCUAACACUACUGGAUAGACCCCCGCACCCGCGAUAUGUCAGAACUUCUUGUUACUCACAUAUAAAACACCUUGGAACAUGAAGAUCGACACCUUCGUCUUCAGUUUUGACAUUAAAGAACAAAAUCAGGUUAAGAGGACACGAAGAACAACAAAAAAAAGAUGCGGAAAUAUAGUGGGAGGGCAUUUUAAAUACUAUGACAAUGUCGCUUUAUGCUUGAAAAGGAGGACAGACACUAUUUGGGUCGUAGCUGCAGGUUAGAAAUUGUGUUAAUCCAUGAGACAGCUGAUGAUAACUACACUCUACUGACUCUGCUAUACAGAUAGCUGAACACUAGCAAAUAAAGAAAAUUGUGGAACUUAA